AUGGGACCUUCUUUUGCUGCACAAGCGUUCAAAAAACUGUACGAUGACAAAGCGGAUCGUUACGAAGUCAUUUUAUAUGGUUCUCUGGCUGCUACGGGAAAGGGACAUAUGACCGACGUGGCCAUUGAGAACGAGUUGAAGCCCAAAAAAGUCACAUUCAUCUGGAAGGCUAAUGAAACAUUAACCUUCCAUGUGAACGGUAUGACCCUCAAGGCCUUCCAAAACGACAAGGAGGUCGGUCAGGAAACCUACUACUCGGUUGGAGGCGGAGCGAUCAUUACCGAUUCCGAGUUGGGUAAGAUCGAAGGUCCCUACCGCAAGACCUUCGAUCCAGUGUACAAAUACUCCACGAUGAAGUCGGUCAUGCGCUGGUGCCGCAAGACGGGCUACAAGCUGAACGACUACGUCUACCAGAGCGAAGACGACGAGAUUCACUCCUAUCUUCUCGAGGUCUGGACCGCGAUGAAGCGCUGCGUGGAGAUCGGUCUGCAGGGCAAGGGCGUGCUCCCCGGCGGACUCAAUCUGCCCCGCAAGGCGCGUGACAUGUACCGCGCGGCGGAGCGCAGCAGCAAGUUCAUGAGCGAGAACGCGUAUCUCUUCGCGUACACGCUCGCCGUGUCGGAGAACAACGCGGGCGGGGAGACGGUGGUCACCGCUCCGACGUGCGGCGCGUGCGGCAUCGUCCCUGGACUGCUCUAUUACCUCCACAAGCACCAGCCCAGCAUCACCGACGAGGACUGCAUCGACGCUCUCGCCGUCGCUGGCGUCAUCGGCAAUCUCGCCAAGGUCAACGCGUCCAUUUCGGGAGCCGAAGCGGGCUGUCAGGCCGAGGUGGGCGUGGCCUGCGCGAUGGCCGCGGGCGCAGCGUGCUUUCUGAUGGGCGGAACGACGGAACAGAUCGAAUACGCGGCGGGAAUGGCGAUCGAACACAUGCUGGGAUUGACGUGCGAUCCGGUGAAGGGACUGGUGCAGGUGCCGUGCAUCGAGCGGAACGCGAUGGCGGCGGCGCGAGCGCUGGAGUGCGCGCAGUACGCGCUGAUGACGAACGCGUUCCACAUCAUCUCGCUGGAUGAAGUGCUGAUGACGAUGAUCAUGACCGGAGAGGACAUCGAGGACACGCUGCGCGAAACGUCGAGGGCGGGGCUGGCGCAGACGUACAAUCUGGACGAGCUGGCGAAGAAGCAGCGGUUCGCGGAGCUGAAGAGCCGGCUGACGGGGCUGCAGAGACAGUCGAGCAUCAGCAUGCAGUGGGGAGAGGAGCAGAACGAGAACGAGGGGAGCGAGGAGGAGGGGAAGCAGGGCGUGAUCGAUAUUCGAAGGAGUUCAAUUUCGGAUCUGUUCGGAUAAGCGGCCCGCCGCGUGAAUCAAAGAUCAAUCGAUCGAUGAAUGAAUGAAUGAAUGAAUGAAUGAAUGAGUGGUAGUAGUAAUCCAUGAAAUCGUAAUAAAGUAAUCAGAAAGAAUGCGUGUCAUUUAUGAUGUCUG